GCUGUUUCGAAGUCAAGAAGAAGGAGGAAGAACGCAGCUCGGUCAUCAGGAAGCGACGGCGAAAGCGCGCUGUUGUUUUUCAUUUCUUUUGUACUCCUGUCAACACGCACGUUUUCCGUCUUAUUGAUAAAACACUUUGAACGGCUUCCUGUUGAGAUAAACUCGACUCGGUCGACGUUGGUUCUAGCUGGAGACGCUAAGGUUAGCUGAGCUUAGCAGAGCGCUCGCGCCAUCAUUGUGUGAAGAUGUGUAAAGUGCGAAAUCUGAGAACGCUGGUGAAGCAGCGACUCAACGUGGCCGUCGAGGAGAUAUUUGAACUGUUUGAGAGGACGAUAGCGGAGUACGAGGAGGAACUUGGUCGACGCAAAGAGGCGGACGAGCGACGACAACGUCGACAACUGGAUGCAGUUCUCAAGCCAGCAAACGAAGCGGACGUGCAGCGGGCGUUGGUGGAGUGUCAAGAAGAAGAGGUUCCCUCUGAGCAGCAGGAAGAGCCAGCAGACCCCUCGCACCUUAAAGAGGAAGAGGAAGAGGAAGAGGAGGACGUGUGGAGCAGCCAGGAUGGGGAGCAGCUUCAAGGGCUGGAGGAAGUCGCCGAUGUCAACUCGUUGCCGUGGACGGGUGUCCGUGUGAAGAGUGAAGACGAUGACGGCGGGGUGACGCAGCGAGUGUUGGCGGGGUGUCAAGAAGAGCAGGAGCCGCAGCCCGGCCUCGUUAAAGAGGAGAACACGUGGAGCAGUCGGGACGGGGAGCGGCUUCAAAGUCCGGAGGAGGCUGAGAUGAUCACGUUCACACUGACCGGUGUCCGCAUGAAGAGCGAAGAGGAUGAAGGUCAGCCGUCACAGCUUCAUCACAGGCAAAGCGGGGAGAAGCCAAGCCAGCACGCGACAACAGAAGCUGACGGACAACACUGUGAAGAUCUCCUCUCGCAACCAGACAACUUUGCGCCACUAUCAGACGUGAUGAUGAUGAUGACGUCACACUCUUCUGACACAGAUCACACCGAUGACACCAGAGAGCCUUCGGAGACCAAUGAGAAGUCUAAAGGAAUGGCAUCAAAAGGAGCGGAGAUAGCAAGGAGGUAUCGGGAACGUCGUGACGCCGACCCGGACAGAAGAAGAAGGUACCUCGAGAAAGAAAGGAACAAAUGGAAAAAACACAGAGAAACUGGAAAGAAGAAGAGUGUCCAUGAGCUCAGUGAGAUAGAAAAGUGGGCAUUACGAAAGAAAUGGAGAGAGGCCAAAAGUCAAGCCAGAGCCAGAAACAGGGCCAGUGCUUUGCUACAAUCGGAGACACCGUCCAACUUCCCUGCCGAUGCGGCAUUUCCCCCGAAGCCGCUCGAGCCGGGGCCCUCCUGGUUAGAUCAUUGGAAGUUUGCCUGACGGGAAGUUCAGGUUCAUUUGAAGGAGAAUGACAAGAUGACAAACGUGGUGAAACCCUUGCAAAUAGUUUGUCUUUCAAGCAAUGUUGGUAAGGCGAAAGCAUUUGAAGGAGUUCAAUGAAGAAAAAAACCCAAAAAAACAGACCCCUUAAAAACAUUUUGGAUUCUCGUUCUACAGUUGGUCUGUGACAUUUUACUUCAAUCUUACUCCGCUCCGCUCCUCUCCUUUCUCUCAUCUACUAACGGCUUCACACAACAUUUGCAACAAGAGGGGGGGGGGGGGGGGGGGGGGGGAAUGCCAAUGUGAAUGAUUAGAAAAGGAUAUUUUAGUUAUUUGUGAUUGUAUUAUUAUUGUAAUAAUUGUCAUUUAUAUUUUUAUGUGCAGCACUUUGUUAGAGCUACCGUCGUCGUUAAAAGUUAUUUUCAGGUUCUCUGAAAAUAAAUUAUUUUCAUUGAUGACAAAAAAAUCUACUGUGUGUGUUUCCUUUAUAAACAGGUGAGUAUUGUUGGACGAGAUAUAUGCAGGAUCAAAUCAAUUUCAAUGGUUUCCUUAUCCAAACGCUUUUCCCAUUAGCUAAAGUUAGUUUUUGAAAAAGUGACUAAAAAAAGACAUGACAACAUAUUUACGCUCCUUUGAACGUGUCCAUGACAGGGUACACGGUAUUUGCUGUUUGCAUGUAAAUUGUCCGAUCGUAUGCCAGUUUGACGAAUGAAUAUGACUAUCUGACUGCAUAACAUCUACUUAACGUGAUAAAUGUUAAGGUCAAUGUACAAUAUCAGCUUUUUAUUGAGUUGAUUCUCAACCAAACCGUAUCAUUUCGUCAAUGCAAGUCCGCUUACAUAUAAUUCGAAAGUAUAUAGAAAUUAGCAUCGUUUUUUCCACUAAUUAUAAACCAUUUGAAAAAACCGCUACUCAAACACACGCGGCAACAGGUGCAAACGGAGCAUUUGCUUUUCUCGCUUCGAUCUCUUGAAAAUCUGCGAUUUAGCAGCGUUGCCAACAAAUUGCGAUAGCGGUUUUUCAUUGUUUUCUGGGACGACAACCAGCUUACAAAAAGGCCUAAGUACACUUCAUGAAACCAGUUUCUUUCUUUACAUUCUGUUUUAUGAUGUAUUUUAUGUGCCCAUUGCCCAUUGAGUUUUUCCAUAGCAUAACAGUUUGUGUUAUUGAUGUUUGUGUCCCAAAAAGAAAACAUUUAAGCUGUUGCUGUUUUAUUUUCAAUGUCAUUAAAUCUGUUCCCGUUCACUCAAAACGUAAGCAGUUUGUUUUGCAUUUCGUUCCGUUUACUGUAUUGUGAACAAUUGUGAACCAAUCGGCGGAUUUAGGUAGCAAACUGUGAUAAUCCUUCAUGUGCAGCCCCAGGGAGUGCAAGUAAAAAUACUUGUUUCAACCCUCUGCCUUCCUCUUUGUCAAUUUUACGCGAGAAUUGUGUGUAUUGACCGCAUCCACUAAUAACAACAAAUCAAUGGUUGUAGAUGGAAUGAAUGGUGGUAGAAGUGAUCGUAGUAGCAGAUGUAGUGGUGGGGUUAGGGUUAGUUGCAGAAGUAGUAAAAGUUGUACAGGAAGUAGUAGUAGUUGUGGUUUUAGUAGUAGCUAAUGCAUGUUGUAGUGGUAGCAAUAGUAGUUGUGGUUAGUGGUA